ACGGCGCGUUUAUCCUGCGAAGAUGUGUCAUCGUCAUCUUCUUCCUCAAUUUUGUUAGGGUUUUCACUCUUGCGUUUUCUUACACUCACGAGAGACCGUGGGUGAGGGGAGCAAGAAAUAGUGCGUUCUGAAAAUCCCCUAUUCGAACGCAGGAAACGGCUCAGCAGAAUUCUGGUCGCAAGUCCUUCCCAGGUUUUUCAGAAAGAAUUUUUGAAAUGGAAGGCAAUGGAAAUAAGCAGGAAUCAUCAAAUGCUUCAGCAACAGGGGUUUAUGAGUUGCCUGGGGAACCUGCUAUUGUAAUUAAUGGGGUGCCAGACAUAAUCCCCGGUGCCAGCACUAUCCCUCCCAGUAAUGCUUCAAGCACAGUUCAAACACACUGGCCUUUCGGUUUGGGUGAAUGGUUUGAAGGGAGGGAAGUCCGGAAGUGGUUUAUGGGAAGAUAUUACUCGGGUACAGUAACUGAUUAUGACAAAGAUUCUGGGUGGUACAGGGUUCACUAUGAAGAUGGUGACUCGGAAGAUCUAGAUUGGCAGGAGUUGGAAGAGGUGCUUCUUCCUUUGGAUGUUACCGUUCCGCUUAAGGCAUUGGCACAGAGGAUUGUUAGGAAAGGCACGAAAUCUGUUCCUAAAUCUGUGAAGAAUGUAGCUCAUUCACAAAAUCCCCAAAUCAAAAGAAGGUCAACAAAAGGAAAGUAGACCAUACUUCCAUAGCAAGAGGCUUUAGUAGAAAAUUUAGUGAUUUGUAGAUAUAAUUACAUAGCAUGUAACACCAGGAUUGGCACAUUGAGAAAUUAACCAAUUUUGAAAUUGCUCAGCUGAAAGAGCAAUUUAGACAUUGGUGCUGUUGGAAAUUAACAAAUUUGUUGUAAUAUUGGGGAUUGCUUGUUUUUGUAGUAGGGGAUUUGGUCCCUCGGAAAAUUUCGUAGUUUGUUGUAGUCAUGGUGAUGAUAUUGUGUUUUACCUGGUGAAUUACAUUACUAUCAUGGCGUCAACAAGAUCUGCUAU